CUCGAGAAACGUGCUUCUUGCACGUUUCGAGAUCCCUGUACCAUGUCGGUGUCGCGCUCGAUGUCACCAAACUACAAGAUUUUAGCCUUGUCAGUAGGAAUCGAAUUAGGUACUUGUACACUUCAUUUCGAUGGGAAUAGCAUUUACCAAAUAUAAGGAUAUCAAAUCUUUCCAUACGUAACUAUUUCAUGGAAUAAUUAAUUUAUACAGUUUCACAAUGUUCGGGUAGAGAUCUUCGAUUCAGCUAGAUCCGUUAAUAUAUCGAGGCAUUUUUCACGGUGUCGGUAUUUCAGAAUAGUCGACAGAAAAAUAACAUCGUAUGCGUACUCUGUAGGUACAUAACUUGAGUCUGCGAUGAUUGUAAAUACUAUACACUGUAGAAUUCAUCUUAAAAUUAAGUAGUCUUGUUUCGACAACGUCAAGUUACGCCAAAGAUGAUUCGUCGGGUGGUUGGCGUGUACAUACGUAAACGAGUACCUACACCAAGUAUUUCUAUACCUUUAUCAUCCGAUUAGAACUCGAUGAAACAACGAGAAGUCAGAAAACCAAUUACUUGCGUACCUUCGUUUGUUUCAAAUCUAUAUUUCAACCAACCAAUUACGCGUGUAGUCCAAGUAUCCUUCGUUUCAACAAUCCAAGUUAAUGUUCGUUGACAAAUAAGGUUAGAAUUUCAAAGAUAACCAAGGAAUUGUGGUAAAAGACGCCUCAAGAAAACUAAAGAAAUUUCAGACAUCUCCGUCAAGCAGUGGUUAAGAUUAGUGAUCACGAUCGAAUCGACAUCUGGAAAUCUGAAAGGAGACAGUGAUUCAACAAUGAAUAACAUCGGUAGUGUUUCAUGUUUUUAUCCAGAUGACAGAUCAGCUUAUUCGGAUGAAAACAAUGCGUUCUUUCGAAAUCUAUCAGGAAUAAAUUUGCCAGAGAAGAUUUUAUUCGUAAUCGACACUGUCAGGGAGAAGAAUUGCACUCCGUUCAAACUAUCCACAGGAGCAGAAUACAUGCCUCUGUUUAUGAUGAAACGAGUCGUAGAAAAUUUUGUUUGCAUCAAAUCUACCAUUCAACGGAGUCACGAAUAUGCGAUAAUGACUUUAAAUUCCCAAGGUGCUCGUUGGAUUUGUGAUUUUACUAGUAACAUAAAAAGCAUAGUUGGCCAUUUGGACAUUAUCGACGAAGACACAUGCGAAGAAGAUCUAAGCGCUUACGAUCUUGGACAGCUAUUCGAAAGGAUACAAUCAAAAGUGCCUUUGCCACCAAAGAAGCAUACCAGUACCUUACUUCCGACAUUCGUGACCAGAGUAAUUUUAAUGUACUCUCGAUCGAACGAUAUUCCAAAAUUCCUAACUAGUAAGAAAUUCUUUGAUAAUCUUACAGAAAAUUGGUGCUUCUUCAUAGACGUGUUGUACAUACACGAACCUCCAGAUUCGAAAAAUUUGUGUGAAGAAAUUUAUGCUGAAAUGGCAAUGCUGGAUACAGCAAAUUAUUCGUAUAUAUUAGAAGUUGGAAAAAAUGCGGCAAAAUUGCACGAUAAUAUGGCAAAAUUAUUGGCACACCCAUUACAACGACCAUCUCAGAAAGAUGCAUGUUAUACAAUUUAUUCAUCUUUGAAUUUGCAAAAAACAUAUACCAAUACCUAGUAGCUUCCAUUAUUAUUCAGAUAGAAAUUGUACGUUUCUUGUAUUUAAAAGAAUAAGACCGUCACGGUAUGUAAAUGCAAAAAUAAUUCCGAUUUUCAAAACAACGCUCACCAUCAUUGUUACCAAUAAAAGUAUUAUUAGCACCAUCAUCGUUGCCAUUCAUCGUUAUAGUUGUAAUUAUUAUCGUUGCUAAUGUUUUAGUGGUAGUGGUGGUAGUAGUAGUAGCAGUAACAGUUGUUGUCGUUAUUAUUGUUAUUAUUAUUAUUAGAUGUUCAAUAUCAAUUUUGUAUCCAUUGGACGAUGACUCUUUUGCAAUAUACCAUGAACAUGACAUACACGUGUGACUAUAUAAAUAAAAAAGGUAUUUAUUUACGAGUGUACAUA